AUAGAGUACAGUAAUCUUGCCAGCAAUCCUAGGACGCGGGGGAAACCGGUGCAGACCCCGCUCUUUCUCCAGGCGGUCGGAGCCACCUGGAAUGAGGUUUUUUGGUUCUCGAGGCAAAUGGUUUGCUGAUGAGAUACCGGGGUGCAAAGCAGCCAAGACUUUUGGGAGAUCUAUGGAUGCAGUGGAAGUGACGUGGGUGAAAUUUUUUGUAUUUAAAGACUUGAUUGAAGUCAAUCCUCGGCGUCCUGGAACUCGAUGAUCCCGAUCACAGAACCGGGCCACAUUUAGCCUGCGCCGCUUGACGUUGUCGCAAGAACAAUGGCCACACACACGUCAACUGAGCUUCAGGAGCUCCCUCCACAGCAGCAGUUUGCGACCGAAGCCAAUAAGAACGACAUUAAUGGCGACGCCAGUAAUGGCUGGGGAAAAGGCGUCCGCCUUGGAGACGACGCAAAGAAGGAUGGAACACCGCCGGGCGAUAAUUCAUUGCGGAUAAGCAGCGAAUCGCUGGCCGAACGGGACCAACACCUCCCGCAUCCCACGACGGCGACCGAAGUGCUGCAGCGCUGGAACCAUCCGCGCAGCAACAUUGUGCGCCUCGCGGCCGCCUUCUGGGCCUUCAUUGUCGCGGGCGCCAACGACGCCGCCUACGGUCCACUCAUCCCUUACCUGGAGCAGUACUACAACCUCAGCUACCUCGUCGUUUCGCUCGUGUUCUUGUCGCCAUUUAUCGGCUACACCAUCUCGGCGCUCAUCAACAACUACGUGCACCUGUGGUGGGGCCAGCGCGGCGUCGCCAUCAUUUCCCCCUCGGCGCACCUGGCCGCCUACAUCAUCAUCGCCUGCCACCCGCCGUACCCGGUUCUGGUCGUCGCCUUCAGCUUGGCCGGGUUCGGCAACGGGCUCGUCGACGCGGCCUGGAACGCCUGGAUCGGCAACAUGGCGCGCGCCGACGAGAUCCUGGGCUUCCUGCACGGCUUCUAUGGCGUCGGCGCCGUCGUUUCCCCGCUAAUCGCCACCAGCAUGAUCACCCGGCUCGGCCAGCCCUGGUACGCCUACUACUACCUCAUGAUCGGGCUCGCGACUCUCGAGCUGGUCACGUCCGCGGCUGCGUUUUGGCCACAGAACGCACAGGCAUACCGAGACUCGCUGUCUCGCAGCGCCGGCGGCGGGGAGCCGCAGAAGGGAGCGCUGCGGGAGGCGCUGUUCAAGAAGGGCUACGCGAGGGUCGCUUGGCUGAUUUCCAUUUUUCUGCUGUGUUAUGUCGGUGCAGAGGUUGCGAUUGGCGGCUGGAUCGUCAAGUUCAUGAUGGAGAUUCGGAACGCGCCGGGAUUCGAGAGCGGCAUGUCUGCUAUGGGUUUCUGGCUGGGGCUGGUUGUCGGACGGGUUAUUCUAGGCUUUGUGACGCCCAGGCUAGGGGUUAAGUUGGCCGUGACUCUGUACCUCAUCCCAGUCAUGGCGUUGCAGCUCGUCUUUUGGCUGGUGCCCCAGUUCUACGUCUCGGUUGUGGCUGUCGCGCUGCAGGGCUUCUUCAUUGGCCCGUUAUUCCCGGCAGCAAUUGUUGUGGCUACUAAGCUGCUGCCGAAGCACCUGCACGUGAGCGCCAUUGGAUUCGCAGCUGCGUUUGGCGGCUCGGGUGCGGCGGUGCUGCCGUUUGCAAUCGGAGCCAUCGCACAGGCCAAGGGGGUUUGGGUUUUGCAGCCCAUCAUCCUGGCCCUUUUUGCAGUUCUCCUACUGCUGUGGCUCUGCCUGCCCAGGUUGAACAAGAAGAAGGACUGAAAAUUUCCCCGGAAAAAACUUUUCCUUCUUUUUAUUGAUUAAUGAUCUGUACCGGAUUCUUGUUAGUGGUUAAAUUCGUAUUUCCUGAGUAGAUGUCACCCUCUGUUUGGUCGAGAUUGUCACAUCGCCUGUGUCGGGAGAUUGCGGGCGUGAGUAAGUUGUGUCCAGGCGACAAAUUCACGACUCCUUUUCGCUUGUUGCCAAGGGUAUCUAUCGGGAG